GAGCUCGUGUUUCCGGCCGGCCGGUUAAGGCUGUUGCACUGACUGGAAGUAGCACAUGUUCACGAUGUACCGGGAGCAAAACUAUUGGGACUCUCGUUACAAGGAGGAGCACGAUCAGACGGAGAAAUAUGACUGGUUUGGGAGUUACCGGGAUUUCCGUGACCUUGUCAGACGGCACAUUAAACCGGGGACACGUGGACUAGUACUGGGUUGUGGCACUAGCUCUCUAAGUGUGGAUCUGCACAGAGAUGGAGUGGACCCAAUCGUUAGUAUUGAUUACUCUCCUGUUUGCAUCAAGGAGAUGGAGGAGAAGCAUGCUGGCAUACCUGACAUGACAUGGCUGGUGAUGGAUGCACGACAGCUGGAGUUUCCUGAUGCAAGUUUUGAUUUUAUCAUUGAGAAGGGGACGCUGGAUGCCAUGAUGGUGGGAGAGAGGGAUCCUUGGAGAGUUACCCCAGAGACAGUCGCUGUCAUAGAUAAAGUGUUGAGUGAGGUUAGUCGAGUACUUACCCCAACUGGAUGCUUUAUCUCAGUCACCUUCUCUCCCCCUCAUUUCCGCACACGCCAUUAUGCACAACCAGAAUAUGACUGGUCUGUGUCCUGUGACACAUAUGGCAGAGACUUCCACUAUUUUCUGUAUACCAUGCGCAAGGGGAAGGAACUUACUGUGCGUGACCAGGAGAGGGGGUUGAGUCUACAUGCGCCAUACAUUGGUCCAGAGACACUACCAACACUUGCUGAGACUGAUGAUGAGGAAUUCCUGUAUAACAUUCAUAUUUAACUGUGGAAUGAGAGCUUAUGAAGAUUUUAUUGAGAAAACUAUUUUACUUGGAUGAAGAGUUAACCAAUAUCAAAAUCAAUACUGAGAUUGAUUUUACUACUAAUAUACUGAGAUAUCCUUGUGAUACUUUUUGACUACUUGUCAGAUUCAGGCACAUAAACAAUCAUUGUUGCUCUCUCUGAAGUUUAU